AUGCAGUCAUCAGGAUUAAACCCUGAGGUGCUUCCCUACUACAGGCAAGAGGCCCCAAAGACACCCCACCACAUCAUCCUCCACUACUCUGCCUUCAAGACAAUCUGGGACUGGAUGAUCCUCAUACUCACCUUCUAUACAUCUGUCAUGGUACCUUACAACGCAGCUUUCCGCAGCAAAACGAUCGGCGACAUACCGCUAUUGGUGGUUGACAGCGUUGUUGACGUCAUUUUCUUCCUCGACAUCGUCCUCAACUUCCACACAACUUUUGUGGGGCCGGCUGGCGAGAUAGUCUCCGAUCCGAAGAUAAUUCGGAUGAAUUAUCUCAAGAGCUGGUUCGUCGUCGACCUACUCUCAUGCCUGCCUUACGAUGUCUUCAAUGCUUUCCAACACGUUAACGAGAGUAUAAGCAGUCUCUUCAGUGCCUUAAAAGUAGUUCGCCUCUUAAGGUUGGGUCGUGUGGCUCGCAAGUUGGACCACUACAUCGAGUACGGGGCAGCAGUCCUGGUCCUCCUCAUUUUUAUGUUCGUCCUGAUAGCGCACUGGUUUGCAUGCAUCUGGUUCACCAUCGGAGACUCGGAGGCGAGAGCGGGCAUCUCCUAUGGAUGGCUGCAUCGGCUCAGUCGAGAAGUGGGUCCCCUGUACUACUACUCCAACACAUCAACGAGCCCACCACAUUGGGAGGGAGGGCCCUCAAGUACGAUGGCCUAUGCAACUGCCCUCUACUUCACACUUUCCUGUAUGACCAGUGUGGGGUUUGGCAACGUGUCAGCUUAUACGGAACUGGAGAAAAUCUUCUCCGUCUUUAUGAUGAUUUUUGGAUCUCUCUUAUACGCCACGAUUUUCGGUAACGUGACCACCAUCUUCCAGCAAAUGUAUUCGACGACGGGCAAGUACCACGAGAUGCUGAACAAUGUCCGCGAGUACAUGAGACUUCACGACGUUCCGAAGGCCCUCAACGAAAGGGUAAUGGACUACGUCGUAUCCACGUGGGCUAUCACUAAGGGGUUGGAUGCACAGAAGGUGCUAGAUUACUGCCCGAAAGACAUGAAGGCAGACAUUUGCGUACAUCUGCAUAGGAAAAUUUUCACUGAACAACCGGCAUUCAGACUUGCCAGCGACGGCUGUUUGAGGGCCCUUGCCAUCAAUUUUACAACCAGCCACUGUGCUCCGGGCGAUGUUCUGUUCCAUCAAGGCGAGAGCUUGGACUCCCUUUGUUUCAUCGUCAGUGGGUCACUCGAGGUCGUCCAAGAUGAUGAAGUUGUUGCCAUCCUAAGUAAAGGUGACGUCUUUGGUGAUUUGUUUUGGAAGGAAUGCAACGUUGUGCAGUCAGCAGCCAAUGUGAGAGCCCUAACCUACUGCGACCUGAACAUCAUAAAGAGAGACAGACUACUCGAAGUACUUGAUUUCUACCAUGCCUUUGCCUUAUCCUUUGCCAGGAAUCUUACUUUGACUUACAAUUUGAGACAUAGGGUAAGUCAAUCAUUCACUGUAUUAUUUAAUCUAUUGCAUAACCAAAUUAAACUAUAG